AUGUUCUUUUUAGUAUUACUUCCGCUUAUUGGUAUAAUUGCAGCAUCUUCUUCGUCACACGGGUAUGCUCCAGUUUCAGUUUCUUGUCCAGGAGGCCAGUUAACCAGAUCAUCUCUCUUAGGGCUCAAUCCUGAUGAGAAAAGAUAUGUGGAUCAGAGAUACACUGAUGUUGCCAAACCCAAUUUGAGAUCUUUCCUUGCAGGAGCCAAUUUGACUGAUUUUGAUGCUGAUUCAUUUCUCGACCAGGCAAAUCCUACGAUUGGUAUCACAUUUUCUGGUGGUGGUUACAGAGCACAGCUUAGUGGUGCAGGUCAAUAUGCUGCUUUAGACUCUAGAACCAAUGUUGUUAAUGGUAAGGGUUUGGGAGGAAUUUUGCAGUCAGCCAGUUACAUCUCAGGUCUUUCAGGUGGAUCAUGGUUACUAGGAUCUUUGGUGAGCAAUAACUUGAUAUCAAUUGAUGAGUUGAUCGAUCAAAAUACCCUAUGGCAGUUGCAAAACUCAUUGUUAACCAACGGAGGUGAUAUUGCAAACCACUUGGAUUACUGGAACCUGAUCAGUGAUGAAGUGGAGGGAAAGAAGAACGCGGGAUUUGAUGUGACCAUCACUGAUGUGUAUUCCCGAGCAUUGAGUUAUCAGUUGCUCACCAACUCACCAUACGAUGGGGCAGGAUAUGCAUUCAGUUCCAUUAUAAAUCAAAGCAACUUCCAAAGCUUUCAAGCACCUUAUCCUAUUCUUGUUGCACUCGGUAGGGAACCCGGACAAUCCGUUAUUAAUCUCAAUAGUACCGUCAUGUCCCUAACUCCGUUUGAACUUGGUAGUGAGGAUCCUUCCUUGCAAUCAUUUGUGCAAACAAAAUAUGUAGGAACGCAAUUGGAUAACGGAUACUCAAACAACAUUUCGUGUGUCAAUGGAUUUGAUAAUGCUGGUUUUUUCAUGGGUACUUCCUCCUCAUUGUUUAACGGUGUGGUACUCACUUUGGACUCACCACAGCUCCCACCAUUUUUAAGGAACUUGAUUAAUACGUUUAUUGUUAAUCCAUUUGAGAGGUUGAAUGUUGAUGUUUCACACUAUGUCCCCAACCCAUUCUACAAAAGCCGUGAUGCAAAGAAUUCAAUUGAAAGAAGUGAUAGCUUGUUCUUGGUUGAUGGUGGUGAGGAUGGCCAAAAUGUGCCUCUUGUACCUUUGCUCCGUCGUAAUUUGAGUGCCAUUUUUGCAUUUGACAACUCAAACGAUCACUUAACCUGGCCCGAUGGGACUAGUUUGAUAAAAACAUAUGAGCGUCAGUUUUCACCACAAGGUAAAGGCACUCCAUUCCCAUACGUGCCAGAUCAGAAAACGUUUAGAAAUUUGAACUUGACUGCAAAGCCAACUUUCUUUGGCUGUGAUGCAAAGAAUUUAUCGUCCUUAACUUCAGACAUAUAUGACGUUCCGUUAGUAAUUUACACCGCCAACCGUCCAUACACCUAUUGGUCAAACACGUCCACCUUUAGGCUAGAAUACCAGAUCGAUGAGCGUAACAACAUGAUUGCCAAUGGGUUUGCAGCAACCACUAGGUUGAAUGGAACUUUGGAUGAAGAAUGGGAUGCUUGUGUUGGAUGCGCCGUAAUCAGACGUGAGCAAGAAAGGUUGGGAGUUGAACAAAGCGAGCAGUGUAAACAAUGUUUCCAAAGAUACUGUUGGGAUGGUACCAUAUAUGAAGGAGAACCAAUUGGAGACAACUUUGAUGACAAUGGUUUAACUGUAGCUGCCACCUAUUACAAUGCUCAAAAUGUGCCAGGUUUCCACAAUACUGGUCCAAAUAUCAAACGUGACCAGGUGGUUAUUGCCAACCAACAAGAUUAUAGGGACGAAGCUUAA